CCAACAUCUCUCUCUCAAAAUUACCAUUCAGAAGCAGAUAAGAGAAGUUAGCCAUAGUUCAUCUUCUUCCUCUUUCUCUCUCCUCUCAAAAAUGGCGCAUACUCUCGCGACGCCAGUGACACCAUCACUCUCUCUCAUAUGCAACACUAUGUCCUCUCUUUCUCUCUCCUCUUCCUCCCUUUCUUUCCCUUCUUCCAAGGUGGGUGGACUAACCAUAAAAUGUGUGCGUGUUGGUAAUGUUGAAAUCCCAAACAACAAGAGGGUUGAAUACUCUCUUCAGUACAUUCAUGGCAUUGGACGUUCAACAGCUCGUCAAAUUCUGUGUGAUUUGAGUUUUGAGAACAAACUUACUAAGGAUUUAUCUGAGGAUGAGCUUAUCCAAAUUAGAGAUAAAGUUUCUACCUAUAUGAUAGAGGGUGACUUGAGGCGAUUCAAUCUAUUAGCAAUUAGGAGAUUGAAGGAGAUUCAAUGCUACAGAGGGGUGAGGCAUAUUCAGAGCUUGCCUUGCCGCGGACAACGAACCAAGAACAACUGUAGGACUUUAAAGGCUAAAAAGAGUAAGAAAGUGCAAAUUCCUGGCAAGAAGAAGGCCCCUGGUCCCAAAUAGUUGAAUUAGGUUUGCUCCCUUUUUCGUCCUGUAAUUGAGUACAAUAUGCACAUUCAGUUAUUCUGUUUGUAGUUGUAUUAAUGCAUUGCUUGUAAUUUUGUAAUCUUGAUAUCUCUAGCACUUAUUACUUCAAAGUUAUAGUACUUCA